AUGUCUAUGCAGCACAUUGAUUACUCACCAAAGUUUAUGAAAUUCUUCAUUAUUGCUGUUUGCGCUAUUGCAGCCGUAUCGGCUGAUGUCUCCCAUUUGACUGGCCAUGGCUACAAUUACGACAAACCCUCUCCAGUUUUUGAUGUGCCACAACAGGCUCCCUCUUAUCAGCAACAACAGUCUGCUCCUGCACCUUCCAACGAAUACUUGCCUCCUCAACCUCAAUACCAAGCACCAGUUCAUCAUCAAGAGCUCUCAGCUCCUAUCCCAGCCCCUGCUCCUACCAACGAAUAUUUGCCUCCCCAGCCUCAAUACUCCGCACCAGCUCCAGUUUAUCAACAACAGCUUUCUGCACCUAUACCAGCCCCAGCUCCUUCCAACGAAUACUUGCCUCCUCAGCCUCAAUACCAAGCCCCAGUUCAUCAUCAAGAACUGUCAGCUCCUAUUCCAGCUCCAGCUCCUUCCAAUGAAUACUUGCCUCCUCAGCCUCAAUACCAAGCUCCAGUUCAUCAUCAAGAACUCUCAGCUCCCAUCCCAGCUCCUGCACCCUCCAACAAAUACUUGCCUCCUCAACCUCAAUACCAAGCCCCAGUUCAUCAUCAAGAACUCUCAGCACCCAUCCCAGCUCCUGCACCCUCCAACGAAUACUUGCCUCCUCAACCUCAAUAUCAAGCCCCAGUUCAUCAACAGCAAUUGUCGGCACCCAUCCCAGCCCCUGCACCCUCCAACGAAUACUUGCCUCCUCAGCCACAAUACUCUGCCCCAGCUCCUGUCUACCAACAACAACUCUCCGCUCCCAUCCCAGCUCCCACCAACGAAUACUUACCUCCUCAGCCACAAUACUCUGCUCCAGCUCCCGUCUACCAGCAACAACAGUCUGCACCAGCUCCAUCCAACGAAUACUUGCCCCCCACCCACCAGCACCAUCAACAACAACAUCAUCAUGAGCAUCAUCAUGAAUCUCAAAGCCAAGCUGGUGGCUACCAUUACGAUGCUCCCGCUAAACGUUUCCGUUACCGUUAUCGUUUCUUGUAA